CGAGGGAGGGCCGAGGAUACGUUGGGCUUACGAAAGCGAACCUUUAUAAUCGGGACACAACAUGAUCGUUGCGGACAUAGGAGCUGAACGAGUCACGAUUCGAGAGAUUGUCCGAUAGUCUGAUUGACACAGGGAAGGGAUGGAGGGGCUAAUGAGAGGCACCGAAAUCAAUUCUACGAUCUCAUAAGAUCCUCCUCCCUUUCCUCUUCCCGGUGUUUACUGCUGGAUUUCCGCGUCCAGUGUUCGCCUUGCUCUUCCGCUGUACGCACGAAUCGGCCUCACGAAUGUACCGUCCUCUCAAGCUGAUUGGGACCAGUUCGUUUCGGUAUAAUUGAGGCCUGAAUUGUGCGGGUCCUCAUCCGAAGAACUCACUCGUCUGGUAGUCAGGAGGAGUUGAUCUCUUCCGAGCGGGACGGAUUUCAGGAGGUUUGCACAAUUCGACGCACUGAGCUGUCACUGCCUGAGCCGAAUCAACAAUAUCUGUCUCGGGCUUCUCAGGCUUUGGUUCUCGGGGGCUGAUCGUAUCUGUCGGUCUGAGAUGAGUUUCGUUCGGCACCCACGAGGUCUAGGCAGGAGGGUGUCUCUCUUACUUUCGGCGUUGCCAUCUUCGGUUUUGCCAGCUCUCUGUUCUUCAGCCUCUGGAGCCUGCACGCUUUUGAACGAAAGAGGAGGACCAGUGACCGAGCGAAAUUUGUCAACCUCUGUAGAAGUGGACCAUAUUUCAAAGCUGCAGACAGCAAGGAGUUGCAGUUCACAACGUGCAAUUCGCGGGGAGCGCGAAUUUUCCGCCUUGGUAGUUGAAGAGCCAGCUGUACAAACCCAUGAAGAGUCGUGGGCGAGUACUGAAGCUGCCGUGGUUGCUUCGCCCACGACAGAGGAUAGAAAUUCCAGUCACAGUUUUGCCACUACAUCGAAAACCCUCAUCAGUCAGCUAGCCACCCGUCAACAUCUGCCAGAGGAGCCCAUGGUGUCUGAUAUGUUGGUGGAUACUCAUGGAAGGCGGCACAACUAUCUCCGGAUCUCUUUGACAGAACGCUGCAAUCUCCGGUGUAAAUAUUGUAUGCCUGCCGAAGGUGUUGAGCUGACCGCGGCACCGAAGUUGUUGGCUGAGAAUGAAAUUAUGCGAAUUGCUCGACUGUUCGUUGCAGAGGGUGUCAAUAAAAUUCGACUUACUGGUGGUGAGCCGACUGUUAGGUCGAACAUAGAAGACAUCUGCGCUCAGCUGAGCUGCCUCCCUGGACUUAAACACUUGGCAAUAACUACAAAUGGCUUGGUAUUAGCUCGAAAGCUACCAAGACUUCAGGCAGCUGGAGUGAACCAGCUGAACAUUAGUUUAGACACUCUCGUCCCGGCCAAAUUCGAAUUGCUCACUAGACGGAAGGGUCACGGAAAAGUUUUGCAAGCCAUCGAAACAGCUUUGGAACUGGGUUACAAUCCAGUGAAGGUAAAUGUUGUUGUAAUGCGCAAUUUCAAUGAUGACGAGCUCAUAGACUUUGUAGAGAUGACCAGAUUCAAGCCAAUAAACGUGCGGUUCAUUGAGUUCAUGCCUUUCGAUGGCAAUGUAUGGAGUUCCAAAAAGCUUGUGUCGUACAUUGAGAUGCUCUCAACUUUGAGAGAAAAGUAUCCAAGUUUGUCACGUCUGCGAGAUCAUCCAUCAGAUACAGCAAAAAACUUCCGUGUUGAUGGCUUUGAAGGAACUGUGUCCUUCAUUACUUCCAUGACAAACUCAUUUUGCGGCGGUUGUAACAGACUACGACUAAUGGCCGAUGGGAACUUCAAAGUCUGCCUUUUUGGACCUGCCGAGGUUAGCUUACGAGAUGCUAUUAGAUCGGGCGUUGAUGAUGAAGGUUUGAAGGAGAUAAUUGGUGAUGCGGUGAAGAGAAAGAAAGCUGCGCAUGCUGGCAUGUUUGAUCUGGCGAAAACACAAAAUCGACCAAUGAUUCACAUUGGUGGUUAAGAGUUUGAUUCAUGUAGUUUUAGGCCAGAUUCAACCCAUUCUUUUUGCUCACUGAUCCAGUGUCGACUCAAUGCUCUAACUAGUAAGACUAGGAGGGGUAGUUGGUCAACCAGGUGACAGUUCUUAUGGGAAGGAUUUGGAAACUGCCCUAUCAUAGCUCUUUAUGCAAAGGUAGUUGCGAACAAGAAAGGUAUAUUACGAUCACCUGACAUGCCUCGGGGAGUGUAUCAAAAACUCUUUGGUCAACCAGCAGGUGACAACUCGGCUACGAUGCAGGAACACGCUUGUCAUCUUCAUGCAGAGACCAACAAGGGCUAGAUCAUUGCUGUCAAGUGUUAGUGGCAAUAUUCUAUCGGAACAAAUCCGGAACCUCGGGUUCCUGAAGGCACAUUCUCCACCAUCUUGAUUCAAACAGAAUGAUUUCGUAGAUCAUUGUGUACGGCACUCUAGCCAAAUCGUUUUCUACUUACACAGGAGUUUUUGCAUUCUGUGGAAGCACGAUCCUCUUUGUUACAUCUGAGUUUUUGAUGUACAUGGAAGCCACAUCUGAGUUUUUGAAGGUGUUUUGCUGACUCGAAGAAGGGUUUAUAUGGUGUUUUGUGUAGUGUAAUUUUUCACGAAGAAAAGCUAGCGUAGGUUAGGAGAGAAGUGACUCCUCAUUUUCGAACUUCGUAUCAUUUUCCUAGGAAGUUAGUAUGGAAGGAGUAAAACAGAAGACAUGAAGGGGGCGUUUUUGUUCCAAGAUGUGAGCUUCUGUGCUUAUCGACCAGACUAUCGAUACCUUUAUGAAGAAGGUUAUAGGUUGAUCAGUGAGCAGACGAAGACUUUCAUUCAUGGCUGUAUAUACACAAUAUAUUGUUCGCUUAAGUAUGAUAUGUAUAUUUUACCCGAAGAAUCAGGGAUAUUUCGAGGCUGAGAGAUCGUGUGUCAAGAGCAAUAUUUCCGGCUUGAAGAAAGUCAAGAUGUAUUACUUCAAAGCAGAAGAUUGAAGUUUAAAGAGUAACCAUUGAGCACAAUGAAUACCUGCUUGUAGUAUGGAUGUGCACUUAACA